AUGCUAGUGUUCUAUGAAGACAGCCCGCAACUUUGGGCUUAUUCUGAAUGCAGUAAUAGGCAAAAGUCACUGAAGAAGAUUAUUGAUCUGCACGUUCCAGGUGCUCCUUUAGGCUGGGCUACAAAGAAGCAAGCACACACAGGCCUGCUUUUGCCCUUCAGUUACUGUGUAGUAGAGAAAAACAAUGAAGAAGUCCAUCCGGGAACAAGUGAGCUGUUGAGUGCUGUGGGGAAAGAGCAGGCUAUUGAAGAAUCCCAGAACCACCCUGGUGAGCCUGUCGGAGAUGACUACAGAAAGAUGGGAACACUCUUCGGUGAACUGAACAAAAGCCUCAUCAGCAUGGGCUUCACACGCAUGUACUUUGGAGAGCGGAUCGUGGAGCCAGUGGUGGUCAUUUUCUUUUGGGCUAUGCUGUGGUUCCUGGGCCUGCAAGCCCUCGGCCUGGUGGCCCUGCUCUGCCUCGUCAUCAUUUACGUGCAGCAGUAGACACGCGGGAGGGCGUCUGGCACGGCCAUGCGUGUACUUGACGGAGCUACAAGUCCCACUUUCUGAGAGCCAGAAACGUCUGCCUUGUUUCCAGUUGCGUGCUGGCUGCUCCGUAAUUAAAUUAGAAGUGGAUGCUGUUUAAAACGAAGCCCAGCACUUGAUUGUAACAGGGUUGAAUACGUAUUUAAGUAUACACUAACAUCUACAAAACUCUUAUUUCUCCAUUUUGACCUGUGCCCACUUCUGCCACCUCUGUCCCCAAGCUAAAUGUGAACACCAACAGUAGUGAGCGGGGAGGUAACAGGGUGUGGAACUCACACCAUCAACAUCCUUCCAGUAAGGACCUUCAGACCUUUCAGAUUGCUUCUCAAAGAAUAAAGCAGGCCAAAAAUAAGCUAAUAGCGUCUCCAUACCUGCCCCCUCCAAAUAAGUCCACAUUAUUUGGGAAGUAUUCAGCUCCCCGUUGUCCCUGUUCUCCCCAGACCAGGGCGCACAACAGCUUCACACUCCUGAUGCUGAGACCCGGAGAGCUGGCCUGUUUUCUGCAGAGAGAGAGCACAUCGUUACUGAGUCAGUCCCUGCUUAGAGAGAACACCUGGGCCUGUGAGUGCUCCAGGGUAUCAUUUAAAGUGGCAGAGCUUUCAGACCCGAAGCCGGAAGCAGAGUUGGCCACACCUAUCGGUUCUGGCUUUCACAAGGCGUGUAGUUUUCCUAGACAGACAUUUUCAGUGUAUUUUUUCAGAGGUUUAUAAUUUUAUAGUUCUUUUAUAACAACUAUUAUAAAUUUAAAGUAAUGCAUUUCCUAUCUUGGUAUGGGUUUUUUCCCCCAACACCAUUUAUUUAUAUGUUACUGUUAUUUGUUUUUAAAUAUCAGAUCAUUUUCUUGAUAUCUGUAUUGAAAAAUACAGUAUUACAGUAUGAAACCAAAUUUAUAUUUGGAAUUUAACAGCCAAUUUUGCUAAUACUGCUCUAUGCCUGGAGCCAAGCCUGUAAUUGGCUAGCCAUGUUAUUAUCUUAAUUCAGAGCACACUGGGGUUUAUACCAAAACGAGCAUUUUCCAUGGCUUUAUUGCUAUUUUAGGUUUUGUUAGAGAACCUGAAAGCUUCACACUUUCAAAGAUUGUCUAAACAGGAAAAGUAGUUAAAAUAAUUGUAAAGGAAUUCAAGGUAAAUACAAGGAAAAUGAGCAGUGGGGCAUUUUUACUGGGCUGUUGUAAAAGUCAUGACAUGUUUUUCUUUGCUAAAUGCAUCGUGACUUUCCAGCAACACAUCAUCUUUGGUAGGGCAAUGACUAAAACAUGGAAAAUGUUUACUGUUCCCCUUUUGUAAAGUUUCUAUCCAGUCCUCAAAACACAUUUUCUAAGUUCUCAGUGCUUCUAGUCUGAAGCAGAAAAUAGUGAAAAGCAUUUAACUUAGAUUUCUAAAAUCAGAGAAUUCUAAACAAAAAUACCAGUCAGGGAGCACUUGUAUAAACACUUGUCUAAACUUGUGCAUUUGUAUACACACUGGCCUUUUAAAUUUUGACUUUUAAAAAAACAAAAGACUUUGUACUACAUCAUUGUGUUUUUAUUAGGCUUGCAGAUUUUAUAGUAACCUUUAUGAACUCGGUAUAAGAGAAACUUGUUGGAAAAGCUGUGCUCCUUGGUGCACAGUAGAGCUGCGGCAUUUGUCAUAGAAAUCGAGAGAUUUUGUGUAUCUGGGUAAGUACACGAAAUGUAUUAUUAAGUACAUUCUUUUCUAAGGCUACUGGGAAUUCUAGCUUCCCUUUAGAAUGCAAAAAGGACACGUGUAUUACAUCACCUCUGGUCCUACCAGUGCCUAUGCCGGAGUAUUGUUAACGUGGAUUUUAAUAGUAAUUCCUUAGGCUGCAUCUGUACACACAUCUGUGUCAGGAGGUCGGGUAUUAAAUUGUCUGAAGAAACAAGGGGGUGCUUUGCUGCGUGCCUUCCGACAUCUGUCAGUGGUCAGUGUGGUACACCAUCUAUUCUGUUGCUUUCGUGUGGAAGAAAACAAACUGCUUGUUUGAUGGAGAUAAAAUAUUUUCCUUUAUGAAAUACAUUAGAAUGAGAUUAUACUGAUAUCCUAAAAUGAAACUGGUCAUUUCUUUCUGUCAUGGAAUAAGAAAUUAAGUUGAAAGCAAUCCUUGGUCAUUUUAAUCUCAAAUAUAAGCCAAUUUUAGAAAUGUAACUGCUUACAAAUAAAGAAACAAAUUACAAUA